AUAAUCUGGCCGCGACAUUCUGUUGCGGCUUAUGUCUCGCUUUACGUUCCCCUUACGCUCUGGACGACAAUAAGAAAGCUGAUACCCCGACGCGAGGUUAUCUGCUCGACGUUUCGCGAUUGUCCUGCCAAAGGCUGGGGAACACACGGCGCGCUCGUCGUUAGAUGUUGGAUCUAAUGCUCUCUCGCCGGGGAAAGUCGAGAAUUUACUGGAGCGGACUUGUUUACGAGUGUUCCGCCUUAUCGAGGAACCCACUUAGGAAGUGAUCCCGCGUUAGUCCUGCAAUCUACCGAGUUUACCGCGCACAUACGCACGCGCAUGCGCAUGCGCAUGCGCACACGUGUUUCUGAUAUUCGCCUCGAACAGACAGGAAUUCCUCCUCCGUCCGUGGAAUUCCGUGAUGGGCCCACGGUAAUUGAAUCCUUAAGAAGUCGAACCGCGGGAGAAGCCAUCAGACAGACGGACUUAGUAUGUACUCCAGGAUACCGGCGAGGUGGCGACGAGCAUAAUCACCGGUGUGUUCCACGCGCAAACUUUGCGUGGAUCAUUCCUGUGAUGAGGGUUCGACUCUAUAAAUGGGUAGGUCGGAUCGAGAGGCUGUUUCAGGGUGACGUAAUAUUCGGAGGUUGCAGCUGGGAACGAUGGACUGAUAUUCUUGGUAGCAGAAGGGUGUUUAGAUACGGUGUCUUUCCCCGAAUUAGUGACUCAUUUGAUACAAACAGAUACACUGGAUGUUACCAAUAUAAUGGUUUAACACUGGGGAGCUAUUUCAAGAAUUCGAUUCGAAGAGAAAGAAACUACCAAGAAAUGCUACCAAUUAACACGAUACUGGGAACGGUGGAAUUUCCAAUAAAGACAACAUCAGAUUGGUGCCGCGUAUUCUAAUCGGACCAAUCUUUCUUUCUUUUCCUCCCCGUGUAACCACGAAGAGGAGCAGGAAUAAACAGCAUCAAGGGGACCGUAACGAGCCGUUUAAUUGGUCAAAGGAUUCCCGAAGUGACUUUGUUGAAAUGUAGUCCAAACUCGAGGUUUUGUCUAGAGGACAAGAGAUCUGGAAGGCCAUCGACUUGGUGAUAAAUGACAUUCCAGAGGGGACCUAAUCAGGUCCAGGUAAAGGUCCUGCUAACCAGACAACAAGGGAAUUCCUCCGGUUGACACCGGCUACUUUCAACCAAAUUUACGACCAUCAUUGUAGGAUUAUUUCGAUUUAUCUAGAGAGAAAUCUAAAUAAUCUACCUUUAAAUCCUCUUAAACUGACAUUAUAUUGGAACUUUAGUAGACGAUUUUGUAAUAGUUGCUACUUUG